GAAUUCCUGUCAUCGCUUAUCACAAAAACAGUGGUAUAUCUUCAUGUGCAGUGGAAUGGAUGGUGGAUGUCCCUAGCGAACGAGGACGAUGUCGCGAGGAAUUCUUCAACAAACUCUCGGAGGCAAGGGUGGUUUGGAGCGGUCAUGCAAGAAUAGCAAUAUGGAGAGCACUCACAGACAUCCCUCCUACCAUUUUGACCCGGAAGGAGCCGCGCUCCUUCCAUCAAAGAAAAAGCGUGUCGUUAUCGAAGACCGAAGGCAGCACUAUCACCAAGGAGCUAGUGACUGAGAAGACGAAUGCGCUGAAGAUGAAGGAAGAGAAUGAGGAAACUUGAUGAUAUUGUCUACAUUUUAGUUUUUGCUGUAUUCUUCUCGUAACCCUGUGUCGCAGUUGUAAAGAUCCUAAAUCUUAUUUGCUGCUUUCUGUGCAUUUUUCGAUUCUAAUGUAAAGCCUGCUCGAGAAGAUUGUAGUAUUUGUUAAUAAAUUUGUU